AUGAAUUCUGAUUGUGUGUAUAAAGCAGCAACCAAAGCUGCCAAUAAGCCAUGGGUUUUAGACAGUGGGUGUACGUCACACUUAUGUGGAAGUGAUGUGUUGUUCAACACGAUAAAUAAAGCGCCAUACAUUAGGUUGAACCUUGCGAAUGAUGCGACAACUGAAGUUAAA